UGUGGGUGUGGUUUUAUUAACCACGCCUACAAGCAUGGAAACUAGGUUCAAGAAAAAAGAGAGCAUUUGGAGCAAAGCUUUAAAGCAGAAACAAGAGUGGGAGGAUAAGGAUGAUCUGCUUGACGUGGUGUAUUGGGUGAGACAAGUAAUAUCACUGAUAGUUGGCCUAAUGUGGGGCACCAUUCCAUUAACUGGUGUUGUAGGUAUUGUACUGUAUUUAAUGAUCACGUGUGGUUUUGUUUAUUUCUAUUGUACAUUCUAUCAAGGGGUUAGUGACGAGGAACUAGGAGGAGCUUGGGAAUUAUUGAAGGAAGGUUUUAUGACUUCGUUAGCAAUUUUCUUUGUGAGUUGGAUAUUAUCUUUCACUGCUUUUCAAUUUGGAUGACAGUUUUAAAGAGACUUUAUUAUAUUUCAUUAAUUUAUUCAUAUGAGGGCGUGUUAUUGAAUUAGCCAAUUCCAAAUUAA